AUGCACCCACGAGUCAGCGAGACAUCUCUUUCUGAUGAACGAAAAGAGUCGACGACAGACGGAGGCUUCCGAAUUCAGGCUUUGGACGGCGGAUACGGUUGGAUUGUAGUGCUGGGAAGCUUUCUCGCUCAUUUUGUCAUAGAUAAAGGUUUUAUGAGAUCGGGAGGGGUGCUUUAUCUUCAACUUCGAGAAGAAUUUGAUGAAUCGGCAGCUAGCACAGCCUGGGCAAUAUCGUUAGCAGUCAUAAUCCGCAUGCUGUUUGGUCCUUUGGCCAGCGCACUUUGUAAUAGAUUCUCCUGUCGGACGAUAGUGAUGGUUGGUGGUGUUUUAUUGUGUACUGGUGUAUUGAUCAGUGGAUUCACACCAAAUUUGGCAUUCCUAUUUUUCAGCUAUUCACUAGUGGGAGGUAUUGGCAGGGCGUUUAUCUACACCCCAGCAGUGGUGAUUGUUGCUCUGUAUUUUGAGAAAAGACGUGGGACAGCGGCGGGAAUUGCGAACGCCGGGAUUGGCUCAGGAACAUUUGUGGCCCCUCCUAUCGUUGAAAUCAUUUUUCAGAAUUUUGGAUUUACAGGGGCCUAUAUCCUGCUAGCUGCAUUUGGGUUACAAGCAUGCGUUUUCGGCGCUUUGUUUCGGCCAGUGAACAAACAGAUUUUAUUAUCAACCCGACGACAACAUGAGAUUGAUAUUGAAGUCAUGGAACCAACAUUAAGCGGAAAUAAAAGUAACAGAGACGAUGAGUGUGACUUUGCCAUUAAAGACCUUAACUGUCCGUUGUUUUCGAAGUCGCAUAUUGAAGAUAACGCAGUUGCAAAAAGUUUACCUGAUUUAUUACAAGACAACAAAACGUUUACUAACACUCUAGCCAAAUCUCUUAUUCUUCAUGGAGCAAGCUCGGAAGUGAUCAAUUUUACUGGAAGCAUCGAAAGCACAUGGCAACCACAUCACGCUUCUCACGAUGAAAUUAGUGCUCACGUGUCUAAUAAUGCCGACUUGCGUCCAAAACUUCUCGAUUUAUCACUUCUACGGAAUAUUCAGUUUUUAACGUUUUGCAUUGGUAUUGGUUUGUAUACACUCUCCUUCCAAGCAUCGUACCUAUUUCUACCUCCAUUAGCCAUUCAAAAUGGUCAAUCAGACAUAGAGGCGACUUAUGUUGUUUCCAUAUCCGGUGCCCUAGAGACGCUCGGCAGUAUCCUAUCCGGCUUCAUUCUCGACUUGCCAGCGAUUAAACCUCACAGACUACUCAUCUAUAACAUAGUUCUGUUUAUACUUGGUAUUCUGACAUUUAUCAUUCCCUUCCUAAGAGUGUUUGGAUGGCUGUCGUUUACGUGUGGGCUAUACGGGUUUCUGCUGGGCUCAGGACUUGCACAGAAGGCUACCCUAGUUGUGGACAUCUUGGGUGUGGAACAUUUAGUUAGUUCCUUGGGGAUACUGGUGUGUUUUCAGGGCCUGGGAGUUUUGUUUGGCCCACCUCUCUCAGGGUUUCUGAAGGACUACUGUGGACUGUACGACACGGGGUUUUAUUGUGGAGGUGUGGCUAUGAUUGCUAGCGGAGUGGUACAGGGCGUGGGCAGCAUAAUUACCACGUACAACAACAACCGGGGGAAACUAUAGAACAAGAAGUAAUCAACUGUUAUAGACGGGACAUUCGCUGACGCCCCUACGGUUGGGGUAGUAUAGCAUAUAGUAUGACG